UUGAGGCUUCGUUGCCAAAACAGAAGUGCUCAAUUUUUUAAAUGUUCAGUAGCUCAAAAUUAUUAACUUUUCAGUAAAUUUUCUCUCAAUAAGUUUCAAUUUUAGUGACUUUCUGAGAUCGAAGAAGAGAGGCUGCAGCUGAAAUACACUAACGUACUAAAUAUUUAUCCACAAUGGUUACUUGUAUCAACAGUUUUCACGUAAUGUAUGUGUUGACAACUACUAUACUUUUUAAUUUAGUGCCAACGAUUACUCAUAAUGCCGAAGCAAGCGAAAAAGAAAAAAUUGUAGGUAUUGCAGGAUUCAAAGUAGCUUUGCCAUGUAAUAUCACUUUACCAUCCCCUAACGACGAACUUUUACUCAUAUUGUGGUACAGAGGAGACACAUCGAAUCCAUUGUACACUAUGGAUGCUAGACGUAGUGCCACAAAUCACUCUCGGCAUUCUUCAUCUGAUAACUUGUCUGGAAGAGCUUAUUUUAGUGUUGUGGAUAGACCAGCUGUUCUAAUCUUAGAGCCAGUAUUUGCAGGGGAUGCUGGAACCUACAAAUGUCGAGUGGAUUUCCGAGUAGCCAGAACAAGAUAUUCCAAAGCGGAGUUGUCAGUAAUCGUUCCACCGAAUAAACCUAUAAUCACUGACGUAAGCGGAAAAGUUUUGGAAAGUUUGAUAGGACCUUAUAAUGAAGGAGAUAGUUUAACGCUAAUUUGUGAAAGCGAAGGAGGUGAGCCACCCGCUUCUGUUACCUGGUGGAGAGACUCUGAGUUAUUGGAUGAUAGUUUUCAGAGUAUUUCUCGAUCAACGGUUCAGAAUAUAUUAAUCAUUCCAACACUACGAAGAGAUCACCUCAUGAACACCUUUAUGUGCCAGGCCAUUAAUAACGAACAGUCACCACCAGCUUCAACGACGGUGACAGUUGACAUGAAUUUUAAGCCUCUUGGUGUGUGGAUUGAGAAUAGCAAUCGACCACUUUCUACAGUGAAACCUAGCAAACUCAUUUGUCACGUAACAGGCUCACGCCCUACUGCGCAACUAUCAUGGUGGAUUGGAGGAAAGAAACUUCAAAGUGCCAAAAAGCGAUCCCCAUUUGAAAGAAGCCGCAGUAGGAACAAGACCACCAAUGUCCUCAUUUUCAAACCUAACAUUGAUGAUAACGGCAAAUACUUGUCAUGCAAGGCAGAAAAUCCAUUAAUCCCGGGAAGUGCAAUAGAAAGUGGUUGGAAAUUGGAUGUGCAUUAUAUACCUCAACUACAUCUUCGACUAGGAAGCAAAUUACGCCACAGUCAUAUUCAAGAAGGUAACGACGUUUACUUAGACUGUUUUAUUCAAUCUAAUCCACCAGCUUCUGAAAUAGCGUGGAGGUUUGAAGGAAGUGAGCUUUGCGCAAAUGCCUCGUUUGGGAUUAUAAUCAGCAACCAAUCUUUAGUACUUCAAAACGUUAAGAGGAGGAACAGGGGACGCUAUUCUUGUUUAGCCACGAACAGUGAAGGAAAAGGGGAAAGCAAUACGGUGUUUCUUAGAGUACAAUAUAAACCUCGAUGUAAAGGAAGGCAACGGUUUCUUUAUGGAACGGCAAAGAACGAAGCUGUUAAAGUGCCGUGUGAAGUUGAUGCAGACCCUGCUGAUGUGGACUUUUUAUGGAAAUUUAAUAAUUCAGGGCAUGUAGUCGACCUCCAGGAUUAUAAUUACAAAGAAACUAGAAGUGUGGCAACAUAUAGUCCUAGAACGCAAUAUGAUUACGGCUCAUUGUUAUGUUGGGCUAAGAAUGCUGCUGGUUUGCAGGAUAUUCCCUGUGUAUUUAGUAUCAUACCUGCAGGAGUACCAGACCCUCCACAAAACUGUACAAUUGUUAACAAAUCAGAAUCAUCUUUCCGAGUGGAAUGCUUAGAAAGCUUCAGUGGGGGACUUGAGCAGCGUUUUAUGAUAGAAGUUCAUGAUGAUUUUAUCCAAGCAGUCUUAGUUAACGUAACAGCCAAGCGACCUGUUUUUGUAAUAGAUGGACUGUCGUCGGGAAGGAGAUUUCUUUUACAAAUUUCUUCAGUAAAUGACAAAGGAAGAAGUCAAAGUGUUGUGAUGAACUUAAGCACACUUCACAUUCCAGAAACUCUAACUCAUAAAGAUACUCAAUGGAAUGACAACAUAAGCCCGGUGCUAAUAAUAUUAAUUGGAGUGGUCGGAGGAUCUGUUCUGGUGGCUGCUUUUAUUUUCAUUACCAUGAAGUAUUGUAAAACAAAAGGACAGCAGUCAAAGGGAGAUAUCACCAAGCUUGAUAAGUAUGAGAAAGCUCAGCAUGGGUUUGAAUCAUUUUCAUCACAAAACUGUCCGGACAUAAUUCCAGGACAUAACCAACUACCAAAUUCUAAUGUCUAUGAAAACGUUAACAAAGGUUAUGAACCACAGUGCAGAGAUUCCUGGCCAGAUAAAGAAUGCGAGACUACCAAAAACUUCGGUUCUUGUGGUUUUGAAAUGCAGGUUAUGCCUUGCCCGUCAAGCCCAAUUCACAAAGAAGACCUUCAACUGUUAAGAAAAGAAAACGCUUGGCCUUCAAGUGGAAAACAACAAAUAGUGGAAAUUCUAAAUAAACUGUAUGUGUCAGGCCUCUCUACAACAAAGAACAAACAGAAGUUUCACUUUUGACAAGACAAACUGAUAUCUAAAUGUUAUUCCUGAAAUAUGAAGUUUUAGAAAUAAGCGAAUUUCUUAUUAUAAAUUUUUCUUGGUGUGAUCAGUUGCAAAACAAAUAAAAAUAAUGGUUUCGAUAUUCAAAAAAUGGUGUGGAAUUCACUACAUAUGAACCCUGUUGCCAAAGACUGAAAAGUAUAAUUAUAGUCCAUGAUAUGUAUAUUUAUCCUCUCGCUGAUACUUUACUAUCAAAUCUGAGCUUUCAGCGAUAACUCGGUGAUCUCUGAGUGCACAUCAUUUACUUUUCAAAAGUCCAGAGUCAGAGAGUUAUCCAGUGUUUUUAUUAUAUAUGUCUAUCUUUUACUUUGAAAAAUUAAAGAUCAUGAUGGUAACUUUAAACCAUAUAUAUGAAUCUGACUUUUUGUUAAUGUAGUGUUGAUUAUUUCGAUUUUUUUAUCUUCAUAACUUCAUUAUUAAAUUAAGAAUACAUGAGUUUUACCUCCUAUUUCUUUUUUUUGUUUGCCUUCUCAGACGUUUAAUUAUCUUGAAUGUAUUACAAAAUGGACAUUGGUUUAAGAUACUGAGCUGUGUAGAUGACAUAAUACAAAUAUAUAUAAAUAUAUAUAGCUGUACCUUUAUGUAUUGUGUCCACGUAUCCACGUAAAUGAAAUGCAGUGCUGCUUUUGUGAAAGCUAUUAUGGUAUGUCUUAUGAAGCUAUUAACUCGCGUCACAUUAUUUUCCUGGAAAUAAUUAUAACCAGAUGCCA